AUGGUUGAAUUACCUCGACUUUAUAAGAAUGUCUACAACAAACCAUUUCAACUUCCUUCGGAAUUGAAUGAAGAAAAGGUUGAGUUGGAUGCAGAAGCCAUUAAGAAAAAAAUGAUUGAUGAUUUGACGGCUACAUUGAAACUUUACCUGAGAGAAAAACAGAUAAAAUUGUUUGAUGUCAAUGAAAUUUUACAAGAUAAAGAACUACAUUCUGCUGUCUUGGAGAAUUCUAGCAUAGACCAGCAAUUUUCUGAUCCUCAAAAAAUCUUGGCAAUGGCUGUUGAAGCGAUGGUGAAAACUGGGGAAAUCUGUCGGCGCAGAGACAAGAAACAUACUUAUGAGUCUUUACUUUUGCCAGAUUCUGAAAUGUCUGCAUUUAUCUUAAAACUAUUGCAGAAAGAAAAAUGUCAAAAUAUAUAUGCUGAGAAAGGCUGUCACGUCAUGAGGGUGUUUUCUGAAAUCAAAAAAACUCUACGCUAUGCAGAUGUGGGUAUGUCUUCAGUUCGUUAUUGUCUUGACCAGCUGGAAAUGAAUAGCGACAUCAUCAGAAGUACGGAUUCCCACUAUGUUGCAUGUUGA